AUGUCGGCUUCCCAAGCCCGAAGAUCCUCCCAAACCGACUCCCAGGAGCAAACAACACCGCCGCCAUCCUACAAACGCCGGCGGAUAGCCCUCGCCUGUACCUCCUGCAGGAACCGCAAGUCUCGCUGCAACGGUGCCAAGCCAUCGUGCAGUCUCUGUGUAGAGCUAGGCUUCGAAUGCGUCUACCAGCAGCCAGCGGCCAGUCAUGUCAAGGCCCCUCAGACGCAGUCGGGCUACAAUGAGAGACUGCGAGCAAUCGAGGACACGUUGCGACUCCUCGUCCAGCAAAAGGCUCAGUCUCUAGAGGGACUGGACCCCAGCCACGAUACACAUCACCGCCAUCAAGAUUUUCACGUUGCGCAUCGAGCCUCUAUUCGGGCCCCCAAUGAUGAUGAGGAUGUUGCAAUUCUGGAUGAAGACGACUCGUUGCAGCAGAAUGCGGUUGAAGACUCGGUCGAUGGCAUGGCAGCCAUCACGGACCCCGAAGAGAUCGAAUCGAGGUUCUUUGGGCCAUCGUCCAACAUCGCCUUUCUCCGACAUAUAUCCGAUGCCACUUCAGCGACACUCAAAACCAUAGGACAAUCUCGACAUUCCGAGAAUGGACUGAAUCAGCCCAUCGUUUCCAGAGCCGCAUCUCCCGUGACCACGCUAUCCGAGACAAGUCCGACAGCUCGACAACAUGUCAAUAUACGCUCCCUUCCUUCCGAAAGCAGAGCUCUUCACUUGAUCAGACUGUUCUUCUCUGACACUGGAAUGCUCUUUCCUUAUAUCCAUGAACAAGAUAUUCUUCGGUCUUACUCGGCAGCCAGACGGAAUCGAUUCACAUCGGUAGGAAGAUCGUGGCUGUGUCUGCUCAAUGUCAUCUUUGCUUUUGCCACUUACAUCAGCGCCAGGCCGGAUCAGCCUGCCGAGAAGAAUGCUGCUGAAUCUGAAAUAUUCAUCGAGAGAGCACAGGCCUUGUCAGCCGAUAUAGAAUUGAAAUCAGCCAAUCUAGAGACGGUACAAUGCCUUCUCCUGAUGGCACAAUACCGUCAAGGCACUCAAAGAUCGGAUCAGGCCUGGAGUUUGCAUGGCCUUGCGGUUCGUGCAGCAAUCCAGCUGGGACUACACUCGAAAUCGGCAUCCUCAGGUCUGAGCUCCAUUGAAGCAGAAAUUCGUAAACGAACGUGGUUUGGGUGCAUGAUCCUGGACCGGACUCUAAGCAUGACAUUUGGUCGCCCGGCAACCAUACCCAAUGAUUACCUCAAAUUAGAUCUUCCAGUCAAUCAAAAUCUGGAAAAAUUGACCAUGAUGGGAAGCUCGGCGGCAGUCAGUAGCCUCGAUCCUCCGGACACGGUUUGCCUUUUCAUCGCGACGAUACAACUUUAUUUCAUCCUAGGAGACAUCAUUAGUCAACUCUACGGGUCCAACGUGGAUGCUGAUCCACAGCUGACCAUUCCUACCAUGCUCGAAAGAACCCUUAUUCUUGAACAACAAUUAACCGCGUGGAAGCGAAGCCUAUUCCCUCAGCUUCAAAGAAGACCGUGGGACACACUAGAUCCCGAGCCCAUGCUCUCUUCUACUUGGGAUCCUGUCUUUGACAGGCUGAGCGUGAUCAUUACACUGAGAUAUCUCAACACUCGCAUCCUCUUGCACCGGCCCAUAUUGAGCGCCUUUCUACGUCGAAGAGCAUAUCUCAGAAACGGUGGCGAUAUCUUUGAGGAAGGAGACUCCUUCUUUCACGAUGUUGGAAAAAGAAGUAUCCAGAUAUGUCAACAGUCGGCCGUGGAAGUCGUGGACAUUGUUCACAAAACGAGUAAGCCACCAGCGCUUCUUGGAGCUUGGUGGUUCUCUGCCUACUACACAUUUAACGCCGCUCUGGCGAUAUUCAGCUGUAUUUUACUCGAAAUCACCGCCUCCAACAGUUGGACUCCCAAUGGACCACCCAUCACGACAAGACACCCCUUGGAUUCGAGCAAGGUCAUUGAAAUGAUCACCCGGCUUCGAAGAGCGGUAGAAACGCUACAGCGACUCGGCGAAGGAACACGAUCCGCAAAGAGAAUUCGAAAGACAUUGUUGAAGCUGGUGCAGAUAUGCAUGACACUGGCCCAAUGUAGUCCGGAACACGGCCCCACCAUUUUAUCGGCGCUCUCUGCUAGCCAGCAAUCAGGCGCCGCUCAGAUGCAAGGACAGAACGGGCUUGCUUUACAACCUCACAACGAGGCCACAAUGGAUGGAUCUGUCGAUACCAAUUGUAUCCUUCCUCCUAUUGCCGCCGAUGACCCUUUUGCCGCGUUGGACGUGGGCAUGUAUCAAUACUGGACGGACAAUAAUCUCGACCUGUUCACCGACCUAGUGGGAAUUGACACGGGAUUAACGGCCAUGAUGGCCGGCUGA